UAGUCGUCGUCUCCGUCGCCGCGCUGCGCCACUUCCAAACCCAAACAAAAACCCCACCGCGAGAUCUGCGCAUCUCGCCACCACACACCGCAAUGGCGGCGCCGCGCCUCCCCGUCCUCUUCCUCCUCCUCGCCCUCCUCGUCGUCGCCUGCCGCGGCGAAGCUUCGGGCGAGGGCCCCCGCGGGCGCAAGGUGCUGGUGCUCGUGGACGACCUGGCCGUGCGGUCGUCGCACUCGGCCUUCUUCGGGUCGCUCCAGGCCCGCGGGCUCGAUCUGGAGUUCCGCCUCGCCGACGACCCCAAGCUCUCGCUCCACCGCUACGGCCAGUACCUCUACGACGGCCUCGUCCUCUUCGCCCCCUCCACCCCGCGUUUCGGCGGAUCAGUGGACCAGAAUGCUGUCCUGGAAUUUAUCGAUGCUGGGCAUGAUAUGAUCCUGGCAGCAGAUUCUUCAGCUUCUGAUCUUAUCCGAGGCAUUGCAACAGAGUGUGGGGUUGAUUUCGAUGAGGAUCCAGAGGCUAUGGUUAUUGAUCACAUUAAUUAUGCCUCCACAGAGGUUGAGGGUGAUCACACCUUGAUUGCUGGUGAUGAUCUGAUCGAGUCAGAUGUGAUAUUGGGGUCCAAAAAGAUCGAUGCUCCUGUGUUGUUUCGAGGAAUUGGACAUGCAGCUAAUCCGUCAAACAGCUUGGUUCUGAAAGUUCUGUCUGCCUCUCCAUCAGCAUAUUCGGCAAACCCAAAGACUAAGUUAGCAUCGCCUCCAUCUCUCACAGGGUCGGCCAUAUCGCUGGUUUCUGUUAUGCAGGCAAGAAAUAAUGCUCGGGUUUUGAUAUCUGGAUCAUUGGAUUUGUUUAGCAACCGGUUCCUAAAGUCCAGUGUUAAGAAGGCUGGUAGCAAGCUGAGCCACGAGAAAGCUGGAAAUGAGCAAUUUGUGACAGAGACAAGCAAAUGGGUCUUCCAUGAGAGGGGCCAUCUAAAGGCAGUGAAUGUCAAGCACCACAAGAUUGGGGAGACAAAUGAACCUAGCAUGUACCGCAUCAAUGAUGACCUGGAAUACUCGGUUGAAAUCUAUGAAUGGUCUGGAACAAGCUGGAAGCCAUAUGUUGCUGAUGAUGUCCAAGUUCAGUUUUAUAUGAUGAGUCCUUAUGUUUUGAAAAAUAUGUCAACUGACAAGAAGGGUGUAUACUCAUCAUCCUUCAAAGUCCCGGAUGUUUAUGGAGUUUUCCAGUUCAAAGUUGAGUACCAGAAGCUUGGAUACACUGGUCUCUCUCUUGCAAAGCAGAUUCCAGUGCGGCCAUACAGGCAUAAUGAGUACGAGAGAUUCAUAACUUCGGCAUACCCUUACUAUGCUGCCUCAUUUUCAACAAUGGGAGCCUUCUUCAUAUUCUCAAUCGCGUACCUGUAUCACAAAUAGAUAACUCAUGUGAUAGCGGAAGUUACCUGAGGCUGAUUGUGCUAUAUCUGUGCUGUAAACCUGGUGUUAUCAGGUGCAAUUUUAUAGAACCAUUUUUUGUGUAGCCCCCAACCAUAGUAUCGUGACCGCUAUCAAGGAUUACAAGAAGCUUAAUCAUGUUUGUUAGAAACUUCCACACCCCAUUUUUCUUGGUCUUUUCUGAUCAGCAGCUCUGGGAACUUUUAGAGUCAACAGAUUGAGAAGAGCAUAAGUAUUUAACGAGUUUGAUAACUGGAAAUACUCAGUUCCUGAUAAGUUGUAUGGGUUUCCAACCUGCAAAGUUCAUAGAUGACGACCUGUGCCAGUUUUGGAUUCCCUCAUUUUAUGAGGUUGAGAGAACAUAAAUGGGAGCUUGUUCAAACGGGAAAUUACCCAUUAA